AUGGCACCCACAAGAUUCCCCGCGGAGCCGGUCGACCCCGCGCCCCUCGCGCAGCCGCUCAAGUUCGAGUUCAGCGGCAAGACGGCGCCGAACCGGUUCAUGAAGGGGGCCAUGACGGAGCGCCUCUCGACGUGGGACCCCAAGGUGCUCGAGAAGCGCGGGGUGCCAACGCCGGAGCUCGUCAACCUGUACAAACGCUGGGGCGAGGGCGGGUUCGGGUUGAUCCUCACGGGCAACGUGCUGAUCGACUACGACCAGCUGGAGGCGAUGGGCAACCCGAUCAUCCCGCCCGGGUCCAAGUUCGAAGGGGAGCGGUUCGAGGGGUUCCGGGCCGUGGCGGAGGCGGCCAAGAAGCACGGCAGCCUCGUGCACGCGCAGCUCAGCCACCCGGGCCGGCAGGUGGCCGACUUCAUCAACCCGAACCCCAUCUCGGCGAGCGACGUGCAGCUGGAGGGCAACGUGAUGGGGAUGACGUUUGGGAAGCCGAGGGCGAUGGAGAAGGCGGACUUUGAGAAGGUCAUCGGGGGGUUCGCGCACGCCGCCGAGUACUGUUGGAGGGCGGGCUUUGAUGGUGUUGAGUUGCACGGCGCGCACGGCUACCUCCUGGCGCAAUUCCUCUCUCCCACAACCAACAAGCGCACGGACCAGUACGGCGGCUCUCUCGCCAACAGAGCGCGCAUCAUCCUCGAGAUCGCCGAGGCGAUCCGGGCGCGGGUGCCGGACCCUUCGUUCAGCAUCGGCAUCAAGAUCAACAGCGUCGAGUUCCAGGAGGGCGGGUUCACGACGGACGACUGCCGCGAGCUGUGCGCGGCGCUCGAGGAGAACGGCUUCGACUUCGUGGAGCUCAGCGGCGGCACGUACCAGUCGCUCGCCUUCGAGCACAAGCGCGAGUCGAGCAAGAAGCGCGAGGCCUUCUUCCUGGAUUUCGCCGAGCAGAUCAUCCCGCAGCUGAAGAAGACCAAGGCGUACGUCACCGGCGGGCUGAGGACGGCGGCGGCCAUGGUCCAGGCGCUGGAGACGGUGCACGGCAUCGGGCUGGCGCGACCCGUCUGCAACGAGUUCGACCUGCCCAAGAAGUUGAUCAACGGGGAGGUGCAGAGCGCUAUCCAGACGCUAUUUGGGGAGGAGAACUUUGGGCUGACGAACGUGUUGGCCGGCACGCAGAUGAGACUCGUCGGUCAGGAUAAGGAGCCUUUGGACCUCACCCAGGAGAAGUACAAGGACGUGUUUGAGAAGUCGAUGCAGAAGUGGGCGGAGCAGAUGGCGCAGAACAGCGACCUGACCAAGUUCGGGUACAUUGACGUCGAGGGCACGAAGCUGGAGCCCUACGGCACGCCGAUCGAGCCCUCCCUCCGCGUCCGACGCGCCAUCACGGCAAACGACCCCCUCCUCGUCAAGCGAAUCCUCAAAUCCCACCCGGGCCUCCUGCACAACCCAGAUCCCUCCCCCGAGGGCCUCUCCAACUCCAACCUCCACCUCGCCGCCUCCCUCGGCCACCUCCCCAUCUGCCACGUCCUGCUCGACCUCGGCCACGAAGACCCCGACCCGGCCCUCAACGAGAGCCACCAGACCGCCCUGAUGCUCGCCGCCGCCGCCGGCCACACCGACGUGGUGCACUUCCUCUGCGAGCGCACCCCGCACGUCAUCCUUCGCCGCGAUGUCCGCUGGCGCGACGCCAUCAUGGAGGCCAGCCGCGGCGGCCACGACACGGUUCUGCAGAUCCUUCUGACGUAUGUGCCGAGCGGUGCGCAGGACGCUGUGCGGAGGGCUGAUUUGGACGGCAACACGGCGCUUCACUUUGCAAGCGGUAAUGGCAACUUGUUGGUGCUUAGGACGCUGCUCGCGGCUGGCGCAGACGCCGAGAGGAGGAACAUGUGGAGUUGGACCGCCAUGUCGUACAGCGCCACCGUGCAGGCCGAGGUCUACCUCAAGGGCCUGGUCACCGAGGUCGAGAGGAGGAAGAUGGUGCGGAGAGAGGUCGAGGAGUUGAAGAAGGCGGGUGGCGUGAGGGUUGUCGAGGAGGAUAUCGAGGUCGAGGAUUGA